AUGACCCCAUUCCCCCUCCUAACCCUCCCCAUCAAGAUUCUCCAAGAUGUAGUACAGAAUUUGAAGGUUAAUGAAUUAAUCACCUUAUCAAUUUUAUCUAAACGCACCACAAUUCUUGUCACUCCAGACAACUUCAUUGUGGAUUCAGUAAAGGCAAAAAUUGAUAAUCAUAUUGCAUGGAUCAGAUUCUAUAUGAAUGUAGAAUAUGAUCAGCCGGAUGGGUUAUUUGUCAUGAAAUUAAAUACAAACGCUAUGGGAUCCCUGAAGUUUAAAUACAUAACUCCCUGUUGGAAGGCUGAUCGUUAUAUCAGCAAUUUCCGGACUGAAAACGAUAACAACGAAGAAUAUACAUGGGACUAUGCAGGAAGUUCUAUUGGGAAUUGGAUAAACCAUCUCUUCACUGUCACGAAGUCUCAUAUUGAUUGGAUUUCUUUCAAUAAUAUAAAUGAGAUAUUCAAUUUGGACUCAAUGUUCUCCAUUUUCCAUCAUUUUCAAAACGAGCUGAGAAUGGAUGACAACAUCAGUCAUAAUACUGAAUUACGUAUUCUGGAAAAAUUUCAGCCAGUUAAACGUCUUAAAUUCAGUUUAGCUGAGAACAACCAGCAAAGCUUACAUAAGAUUUUCAUGCAAAACUUCGAUCAGUUGGUGCUUUAUGACGUCCAAAACUUGAUACUAGAUGAUUUACUACUCACGAAUAGUUUGAGUAUUACUUAUUCUCAUUCUAAUCUGACUUGCAAAGAAUUGAAUCGAUUCUUGAAGUUAUGGAUGAGACAUAAAGCGAAUCGAAGGUUGGAGCACUUGGCGUUCAGUAAUUUUCAAGGAUUUAAUGAACGAUCCUUUUUCAAAGGAUUAAAUUAUAUCACACUUGACGACGAGGAGGAGAGAAUCUUUGAGAAUAAGCGGUUCCCGUAUUCUACUGGCUUUUAUAAAAUUUAUGUUUAUGGCGGUUUUGAUAUUAUGAGAGACGAUGGGACUCGAAUGGCAAUUCAUGCUUGUAGUACCGAUCUGGAAUUUUUUGUUUGGAAUUAA